AUCCAUGUUGCUGCAAAUGGUUGGAUUUGCCCUUUUCUUAUGGCUGAGUAGUAUUCCAUUGUGUAUAUGUACCACAUCUUCUUUAUCCAUUCAUCUAUCCAUGGACCUUUAGGUUGCUUCCAAUUCUUGGCUAUUGUAAAUAGUGCUGCGAUAAACAUAGGUGUGAACUGAUCUUUCUCAUACUUGAUUGCUGCAUUCUUAGGGUAAAUUCCUAGGAGUGCAAUUCCUGGGUCAAAUGGUAGGUCUGUUUUGAGCAUUUUGAUGGACCUCCAUACUGCUUUCCACAAUGGUUGAACUAACUUACAUUCCCACCAGCAGUGUAGGAGGGUUCCCCUUUCUCCACAGCCUCGGAAACAUUUGUUGUUCUCUGUCUUUUGGAAGGCAGCCAUCCUUACUGGUGUGAGGUGGUACCUCAUUGCAGUUUCAAUUUACAUUUCUCUGAUAAUUAGCGAUAUGGAGCAUCUUUUCAUGUGUCUGUUGGCCAUCUGUAUUUCUUUUUUGGAGAACUGUCUGUCCAGUUCCUCUUCCCAUUUUUUAAUUGGGUUAUUUGUUUUUUGUUUGUUGAGGCGUGUGAGCUCUUUAUAUAUUCUGGACGUCAAGCCUUUAUCGGAUGUGUCAUUUUCAAAUAUAUUCUCCCAUACUGUAGGGUUACUUUUUGUUCUAUUGAUGCUGUCUUUUGCUGAACAGAAGCUUUUCAGCUUAAUAUUGUUGGCAGCCGCACCCAGAAAGUGGCGCCCAACGUGGGGCAGCUAGAAAGUCCCGUACAGCCCAGCUGGAAAAAACCCCACGUCAUAAAACCACAUGUAAUCACACCCUAACAAAUGUACCAAUCAGACUCUACUAAAUUGCCAUGCUAAUUAGGCUUGCAUGGCAGCACCAAUCAGCUCGGAGCAUGAGAGCUAUAUAAGCAAGCCCUUUCUUCCUCUCUGGGUCCUGCCCGACACAUUUGUUUCACAAAGAGCUGAAGAUUAAAGCUUUCUGCAGAAGAAUCCUGCUGUUGUUGCGUGCUGUUCUUGCCGGCGAGGACGGGGCGCGCGACAAGUGGUGCCGAAACCCGGGAUCCAGAACCUCACCGGCACAGGGAGGACCCUUCAGACAUCUGGAGAGGAUUCAGAACUGCAGGACUGAAGAAAAACCCGGAGUGGGUGAAGAAAACCCCUUCUGGAUCCCGGAGCGCCUGACAAGGAAGGUCUUGGACAAAGGAGAUGACCUCUCUGUACCUACUGAUCCUGCUCCUGUCACUGGGAACCCCGAUUCAGGGAGUAUUGAGAUGGGGAAUAUUGUCUGCCUUUCCUAAGCCUAUGCCCGUCCGCUUCAAUGCAGCGGUUUUUCCACGUUUUUUCACUACCAACUCUAGCAUAAACCUGCCAUACCUAGCAAAAGACACCAUGACAGCUCCUUUGGGAGAAAACCGGUCCUUUGUAACCCAUGGGUCAUUAUGCUUCACCACUCAAAAUCUAACCAACUGUAUCUCCCUAAAACAGAGAAAAUAUGGCUGGUUCAGUGAUCCGAUAACGGGGAUCGGGCUUGGGAGCAGUGAUAACCAAACGAUCCCCCAGAAUGUUCUCUGGAUCAAUGGCACGUUUGUAGAGCCCCCUGAAAGUGCUCAGUCAAACGUAACAGCAUCCCCUGUGCUUCGCCAACCCAAAUACGCCCCCCACUGUUUGGGUGACUAUGAAGGAGAACCGUGGCCUUGGACAGACUGCCAGUCAGCUACAGUGACUUGGGCAGACGUACACCACAGGUUCACUAUCUCCCCAGAUAUGACCAAAGAUAGAAGCUGGGGAACAGCAAUGGUAGAAGAUGGCAAUUACUCCCAGCCUAUGAACAGGAAUCCUUUUCACAAAUGGAUGCUGUGUGGCAUUAAUGGCUCUUGUACAGACCUGUCCCCACUAUCCGCCCUUUUAGGUGGAAGAAAAGGCGUCAGCUACAACAUGACCUAUCAGUGCUAUAUUAACGAUAGGUCCUCAGCCCCCACCACUCGUUUCUGUUCUCCGGCCAAUUCUACGCAGGGGGACCCCAAGCUCUUCUUCCCACCAGCUCCAGUAUGCCUUUCUCCUCCAUUCCUGUUCAUCUUGUCCAAUGAUAGUUUUGACUCCUGUUCCAAUACCUCCUGUUUUCUGUCUCAGUGCUGGGAUGCACUUAACUUUACCAAUGCCUUAAUAGCCCGUAUUCCUCGUUGGGUCCCCGUCCCAGUGGACGCACCUAACACCAUGACCCUGUUUUGAGAGAAACGUGACUUCGGUGCUACAGCCGCCAUAGUGCUUCUAAUCUCCAUAACCGCAGUUACAGCCACCGCAGCUGGCAUAGCUUUAGACACCUCUAUCAAAACAGCCGCUGAACUCAAUAACCUUGCAGAAUCAGUAUCCUCUGCCCUUGAACGUCAGUCCACGCUUGAUGGCAAGCUGAAAGGAGGAAUAAUGGUCCUCAACCAGCGAGUAGAUCUAGUGGAAGAGCAACUAGAUGUGCUCUGGCAGUUAGCCCAAUUGGGAUGUGAGCGAAAGUUUCGCGCUCUCUGCAUUACUAGCAUACAGUAUGAAAACUUUACGCGAGCAGCUAAUCUGUCACGAAGCCUGUCCCAGUAUCUUUCAGGAAACUGGUCCCAGGACUUUGAUGGAGCAUUGGAAGAGCUACGGCGAGAAAUAAUCCACGUCGACUCCACCCGGCUAGAUAUCUCCGUAGCAGAAGGACUCUCUUCCUGGUUUCACAGAGCUCUCUCCCACGUUAAAGAGUGGGCGGGCAUGGCUGGGAUGAGUGUAUUCAUGCUUGGAGGUCUCAUGCUCCUACUCUGGUUGUUAUGCAGGCUCCGUGCCCAACAUAGGCAAGAUAAAGUAAUCCUUGCUCAGGCCCUAAUGGCGGUAGACAUUGGUGCCUCUCCCCAAGUAUGGCUCAACAUGCUCAAUAAAGAAGCUCAGCUUUAGCUUGAGGUAGCCCUUGCACCCUGAGCCUUUGUGGCAUUGCACCAGGCCCGGGUACCUUGUUGCUUACCUACAACUUUCCCUAAGAAACUCGCAGUGCAAGAGGGUCAAAGAAAAAGUCCAAGACCCUUUGUACCAGGCGGUCCCAACGUCUGCUAGAGGAUGCGAGGCAAAGCACUGCAAGAGGUUUUGGACCCCUCUGAGAGACACGCCUGACUGCAUAGGGGUAGAUGCCCAGAGACCCCUCUCCAAAAAAAAGGCAUCAAAAAGUAUUUGCUGGAGGUCAGGCCUCUAUCUCCGCCUCAGCUGACAUGUUCCGCUCUGAGUUUCUAUUAAACAAAAAAGGGGGAGAUGUUGGCAGCCGCACCCAGAAAGUGGCGCCCAACGUGGGGCAGCUAGAAAGUCCCGUACAGCCCAGCUGGAAAAAACCCCACGUCAUAAAACCACAUGUAAUCACACCCUAACAAAUGUACCAAUCAGAGUCUACUAAAUUGCCAUGCUAAUUAGGCUUGCAUGGCAGCACCAAUCAGCUCGGAGCAUGAGAGCUAUAUACGCAAGCCCUUUCUUCCUCUCUGGGUCCUGCCCGACACAUUUGUUUCACAAAGAGCUGAAGAUUAAAGCUUUCUGCAGAAGAA